GUGCUCUUUGUACUCGGGGGUCCAGGUGCCGGCAAAGGCACGCAAUGUACAAACAUUUGCACUCGCUUCCCCCACUGGUCGCACAUCUCGGCUGGAGAUUGUCUGCGGGCGGAACGCAACGAUCCGCAGUCCAAGGAUGGGGAGCUCAUCAACUCCUACAUCAAGGAGGGCAAAAUCGUGCCGGUGGAGAUCACUGUGCGGCUGCUAGAGAAGGCCAUGCGGAAAGACAUGGCGCAGGGUAAGACGGACUUCCUCAUAGAUGGCUUCCCGAGGAACCUGGACAAUGUGACCGGAUGGGAGCAGGUCAUUGGGGACCGUGCCGACGUGCUGGGAGUGUUGUUCUUCGAAGCCACGGAGACCGAGAUGGAGAAGCGGCUCUUGGGACGUUCGGCCACGAGCGGACGUGUGGAUGACAACCUGGAGAGCAUCCGAAAGCGCUUCAGAACUUAUGAGAAGGAGACCAUGCCCAUUGUGGAGAAGUACAAGAAGCAGCGCAUGGUGUUUACAGUCGACGGAAUGCAGUCCGUUGACGAAGCCUCUCGACAACAUGCACCAGAACGAGGAUGUUUAGGUAAGUACACCUGGUACUGCUGCGUGUGA